AUGAGGAAUUCAGACAGUUUAUCAAGAGCCGAUUUAGCUAGAAGAUCCUGAAGACUUAUGUCAAAAAACAACAAAGUACUCCCAUUUUACUUAAGCUCAGACUCUUCUUUUCGAAGCUCGAAAAACAACGCCAAUGCUGAGAAGCUGUGCAAGAUCUGUUUCGACUCAGAGACCGAGACCCAUGCUUUAAUAUCCCCUUGUCAAUGCUCAGGGUCAAUUAAAUAUAUCCACCAAGAAUGCCUCAAGGCUUGACUUUUAUCAAAAAAUGAAGACUUGUCCAGUGUGACCUGUGAGCUUUGUAAAACUCCAUAUCUAAUGACCUAUGAUAUCUGCAAUAAAUGCAAGCCUCAAAAAAAAUGAUGCGACCCAUCCAGAACAGUCUACACAGUUAUAUUAUUCGUUCUCUUUGUACUAGUGCUUCUCACUAUGCUUCUUAUAAGUCAAAACAUCCUUAUUUUUAGCGGAAAAUGAGGCGAUGUUUAUAAAAAUUGUUUAUAUGUAGUUUGUACAUUUUUUGAUACAAUUAUUUUUCUCACAUUAUUAAAGGUCCAGAAGGAGUCAUGCUUUGAAAGCACCCUUACAAACUGGAAAAUCUUAGAUUACCCAUUAGAGCAGGUAGAAAACAAAUACUUAAAAGCAGAAAAUACAAAUAUGGAAUUAAUUAGCAGCUCGAUAUACAAGAUCCCAGAAGAUAUUAUUAUAUCAGGGAAAAGAGUAAAAGCUCCUUCAAUAUUUCCAAGGUUAAUUCCAAUUAUUCAAGGAGGAAAGUUAACAGGGUACAGCCAUGCUUUAAGCAAGUCUGAUUGCUUUCAACUGGAAAAAAUUAAAGAAAUGGCGCUUCAUUCGGAGCCUUCAUCAGUAGUGAAUUUAAAGUCAUGUCCUGAUGAAAAGCGAAAUUCUUGCAAUGAGUCAGUCAUGCAGAAUUCUGGUGAGAAAACUUUUAUUUCAUAG